AAUACUGCAUCUGAAGGAAAAAGUAGGAAAUCUAAAAAAAAUGUAGACACGUAUAAAAGAAAAAAACGUGUUUGAAACGACAUGCAUAAGCAAAAUUGUCAUAAUUAUUUAUUAUUUUCAUUAUUCUAUAAAAUAUAUCCGGUAUAUAUUCGAGUAUUACACACAAUGUGCAAAGUAAAAAAAUUAGCGGUAAUUGAUUUGUAAGGAUUGGCAAAAUUACGUUGGUCGUGAAAGAGGUUGGAAGAGGUGGUUUACGACGUUUACGUUUCUAGCAGAAAUCAAUUUUCAGUGAAGAUGACUGCACAAGGAUCACCGACCAAAUCGAAGGAAUUACGUUUGCCUAUGUCAAGAGUGAAAACGAUUAUGAAAAGUUCUCCUUACGUUGACACAAUCGGCCAGGAUGGAUUAUAUGUAGUCACGAAAGCUACGGAACUAUUCAUACAUUAUUUAACAGAGGAAGCACAUUUACAAGGGAGUAAAGGCAAUUCUUUAGAUUAUAAAAAUCUAGCAGAGGUGGUACAAACUAAUGAUACUUUGGAAUUUCUAAGAGAAAUAAUGCCUAGGAAAAUAACAGUGAAACAAUUUAAAGAAAUGAUGGCAGCCAAAAAUAGGCACAGUAGCUCAGAGAGUAGUACAGAUUCGGACAGUGAUAGUGAUUCAGAAACAGAUUCUUGUACAGACAGCGAUGAUAGAAAACCAGAGGAUGGGAGCUCGUCAAAUAGUGAUGAAGAAAGUGAAACAAAGGAGAAUGGUAAAUGUGACUUGGUCAGUGGAAAGAGUGAGAGCGAGAAUGAAACUAAAAGAUAAGGAAGUGG